CAGAUGGAUGUGUUUAGCUAGGCGGCGUGCUAGCUGUUUACUUUUUCAAAGAUAGUCCCCUUUCAGCUAUAUCUGUGCGUGGUAGCAGUAUUUCAGAAUGCCACCCAAAAAGAAGGCCGCAGCCAAGUCUGCCAAAGGGAAGACGCCCACAGUAGUAGAUGGCCUUUCCACGGAGGAGAUGUCGAAGGAGCAGCUGGAGGAGCACAUUGUGCGGCUGCGGGAGGAGCUGGAUAGGGAGAGGGAGGAGAGGAACUACUUCCAGCUGGAGAGGGACAAGAUCCACACCUUCUGGGAGAUCACCAAGAGACACCUGGACGAGAGGAAGGCAGACCUGAGGAACAGAGACCGGGAGAUGGAAGAGGCUGAGGAGCGCCACCAAGUAGAGAUCAAGGUGUACAAGCAGAAAGUGAAGCAUCUACUGUAUGAGCACCAGAACAGCAUCUCAGAGCUGAAGGGAGAGGGCGUGGUCUCUAACAAGCUGAUGCAGAAAGAGCACGCCGAGCUGGAGAACGAGCUCUGCAAAGGCAUGCGUACCCUCAAAGUGGACAUUAAGGAGCAGGAGCUCUCCAACGAGAACCUCGUCAAGGGCCUCAAACUGAAAAACGACCAGGAAAUUACCAAAACGAGAAAUGACUUUGAGAGACAAGUGCGAGAAAUUGAGGCCAAGUAUGAGAAGAAGAUGCAGAUGCUGCGUCAGGAGCAGGACCUGAGGAGGAAGACCGAGAUCCACGAGAUCGAGGAGAGGAAGAACAGCCAGAUCAACACGCUGAUGAAGAACCACGAGAAGGCUUUCAGCGACAUCAAGAACUACUACAAUGACAUCACCCUCAACAACCUGGCCCUCAUCAACUCACUCAAGGAACAAAUGGAGGAGAUGAAGAGGAAGGAGGAGCGCCUGGAGAAAGACAUGGCAGAGGUGCUGCUGCAGAACAAGCGCCUGACGGAGCCCCUGCAGAGGGCCAAGGAGGAGGUGACCGAGCUGCAGAAACAACUGGCCAACUACGAGAAGGACAAGACCUCACUGGCGGGGGCCAAAGCACAUCUGAAGGUCGCAGACAAGGAGAUGAAAGACCUGAAGUGGGAACACGAAGUGCUGGAACAGAGGUUUAGUAAGGUCCAGGUGGAGCGUGAUGACCUGUAUAAGAAGUUCACCCAGGCCAUCCAGGAGGUGCAGCAGAAGAGUGGCUUUAAGAACCUCCUGUUGGAGAGGAAACUGGGGGCUCUGACCAACACCCUGGAGAAGAAGGAGGCUCAGCUCAACGAGGUGCUGUCUGCCUCCAACUUGGACCACACCGCCCUCGGCGUGGUCACACGCAAACUGGAGGAAGUUUUGGACUCCAAGAACAUUGCGAUCAAAGACUUGCAGUAUGAGUUGGCGCGGGUUUGUAAGGCCCAUAAUGACCUGCUGAGAACCUAUGAGGCCAAGCUGCAGGCCUUUGGGAUCCCUAUGGAGGAGCUGGGCUUCAAGCCCCUGGAGAGCAGUGUGGCUGGACACUCCCUGGGCCAGGGCCCUGCAGGCCUGGUGUCUGUCCCCACAUGAGAGGCUCCCAGGCUGGGCUCAGAGACACAAAUACUCCCCUGACCCACACAGACUAUCACUUACUGCAGUGCUAAUGUGACUCUUCUUUCUAUCUCACUCUCUCUUUAUUGUAACGUUUGAUAGAAAUACUACUGAAGAUCAACAGCAACUCUCUGUUUGCGAAGAGGAACUUGUCUUUUUCCAAUACACUGUAAACAUUUCCAAAUAAACAUAUUUUUAAAAGUA